AUGACAAACAAUGAUAAUAAAAAUAUCAACGAAGAAGUGAUUGAAAAUAACAAUAACAGCAUUAAUGAAGAAGAUGAUGGUGACGAGAAAGAUAAAAAGAAAAUCACAAUGAUAAAUUCUUUACUACCAUCAUCUUCAGGCACAUCGGUUAAAUCAUCAAAAAAAAAUAAUUCGCUUAAUUACCCGACUCCGGUCACUAACAGUAAUAGUAACAUUAGAACAAUUAAUGGUGGGAUAGAACAGGUUCGCGGUGAAAACAACAAACUUUUUGACGAGAAUGAAAAACUUUCUGAGGAAAAUAACAAGUUUGCCAAUGACGUGGAGCAAUUAAGAGCAGAAAGAAAUAAAUUGGACAAUGAUAAAUGUUCAUUAUUAGUUGAUAUUUGUCAAAUGGAGCACAGAUUAGCAUGCGAAGAGUUACGUGUUAACGAAUUGGAAGAGGAGUUGACAGAUGUGAGAAGACAAUAUAGCUUGUUGAAUGUCGAACAUGAAGAACUGGAUCGUGAUCGUACUCAAUAUCGAGAACAAUGUAAUUUAUUGAACAUUGAACGCGAAGAGUUGGAUCGUGACCGUGCUCGUUAUCGCGGCGAAUUAGAAUUGGCGAAUGUUAAAGUAGCGGAACAAGAAGAGCUUAUAUCAAAGCAAAAAUACAUCGUUGAGGGAUUAACGACGAGCUUAGAAGAUAAAGAAGAAACCAACAAGAAGCUUCAAAAGAUCAUUGAUGAAAAGGAUGAAGCGAUGAUGAGAAUGGCGGAGGGAAAUGCGGCAGUUAAUGACGACAAGAAAGGAGAAGGAGAAGAGAAGGUGGUGAUGACUAAUGAUGGUGAUAAAGAUGAUGACAAAAAUGGUAAUAAUGAAAAGAAAGAUAACGAUAAAAAAGCAAAUAGUAAAAAUGAGAAUAAUAAUAAAAAGAAUACGGAGGAAAAGAAAAAGAAGGAUGUUAAGAAAGAUGUUGUAAAGAAGAAUGAGAAGAAAAAUGACAAGAGGAAUGAAAAGAAGAAUGAAAAGAAAGAAGAAAAGAAGAAAUUGGAUGAUAAAAAGGAAGCUGAUAAGAAAGGAGACAAGAAAGGAGAAGAUUGUGGGAAUGCAAGAGGAGGAAAAGGUGGAUGGAAGAUGAUUUCAACCAAAUCAGGAAAUGUAAAGGCACAAUUUCUAUUUAUCCCAUUUCUAUUAUAUCAUCAUCACGGACCUGAUAGUAUAAUUAAAUCUUUAGAAAAUCAAGCUGAUCUUUUCUUUAAUAAUAACAACGAAGGAGAUAACGAUAGUAUUAAUACAUUAGACUUAACUAAAGAAGUAAAAAUAGAACAAGAUAAUCAAGUAACGUGUGGCCCUGCAAGAAUCCGUAAACUUCAAAUUCUUUCACAUCAUUAUAAAAUUGCCUCAAAAUUAGAGAUUUAUGUUGGCACAGUACAAAGACGUAAAGAAGUAGUGGGGGGUAUGACAAAUAAUAUCAAUAACAAUGAUAAUCCUGCUGAUGUAAAACGUACAAUAUCGUGGGAUAAAAUGCCAAAAAUAAUAGAAAAUGAUGGAAUGUGCUCGGACGAUGAGAGUGGCGAGGAUGUACAAGAUGAUGACUUUGUCAUCGCCACCGCCACCAAUCACAACGAUACUAAUUACGAUCUAAUUAAAAUGAAUGGUGAACCGUAUAUUCAUUUCAAGAGAUUAGGUUAUUGUGCAUUAGACAGUAACGAGAGAGCAAAUUACAAAGCCAGAGAAUUUAAAUCGGUUAGACUUGACGUUGAUGGUGAAUAUAUUAGAUUGGUGGCUCGUAAAUGCUAUACAAAUCAUUUGAAUCAAUAUAAUCAAGUUGGUAUUGUCGGUAUAACGGUUAUGGGUGAACCAGCUAAUUACUUGCUUGUAGGCGAAAGUACAAAAAUCCCAAUAGAGAAUGCUGAUGAUGGAUUAUCAAGAGUUGCAUCACCUGAAGUUUGUAUUGUACCGAUUAUUCAAGAACGCUGUCAUCAACCACACGAUCAAAGAAAUUUUGGUUCAUUAUAUUCUCUGUUACAAGGUAAUAAUAACGACAUUCGUGAAUCUUUAAAUCCAUCAACUUCAAAACAACCAGAAAUUUCCACCGUAAAAAGAAAGUUAAAAGACUAUCUUACGGCAAACGACUUUCUACAAAAUCAAAACGAGACAGCACGACUAUUAUUGGCAUUUGAUAAUGCAAAAAAAAAUGCCGUGAAAGUGGAAGAUUUCCCUUUGGCAAAAGUGUUAAAGUAUUCGGUUGAGCUGAUGAAACGCGGCGUCGAGGAAGUUGCUAAACUUGAUGUUUUAAAACAUGAGGCGGUUGUAGUGGAAGAUUUUGAUAAUGCUGACAAGUAUAAACGAGAGAUUGAAGCUGUUAGAGACGAGAUACGCACCGCGUUAUCAGAUGAAGGAUUAGAUAUAGACGAUCAAGAUGAGGUUAUGGUUUAUGAUCCUCAACUUGAUCCCCAAUUACAAGAUAUAAUAG